GAUCUUGAAACACUUGCAGCUGAACAGGAUCAUUAAUUAUUUCUCGUUUCGUUAUUUCGGCAAAUAUGGAGACAACAUACAAUAGAACAUCUCUCUGGAGGUUUUUGUUCCAUUACACAACCGCCGCUGCCGUCUGCCUCGGAGCCUGAGAGAAGGUCCGCUGCCUUCCCCUUCGAGGAUCUCUCCCCCUUCCGCCGAUUAAUUGCAGCCGCCCAAAAGUAUGCAAUGGGUGGUGGAGCUGCAGUACAGCAAGUCUUUACCCACGCACAGCGAGUUAGAUUACUCUACAAGACCAUUCUGAAGUUACAUCGUGGUUUUCCAGUGGAACUGAAAGCUCUUGGUGACCAGUACACUCGUGAUGAAUUUCGGCGACACAAAAAUGCAACACCAGAACAAACACAAGCUUUCAUGGUGGAGUGGACCAACUAUGCAAUCACUAUAGCUAAGCAGCUGGGUGUAAGAGGAGCCCACAUGUCUAAAACCUUUGGACAAAAUUUUAAAGACUCUGAUCUGGAAAAUUUUAAUGAUGAGCAGAUUUAUCAGUUAUAUGAAUUGUACAAAGCAUCAAUUGAAACAGAUAACGGAAAUCAAAAAGAAACUUGAGUUUUUGUAAAGAGCUAAUUUAUGUUGACAGUACCUUGGUUAAGUUUUAUAAAAGAAAAUGUGAUUUAGAGUGAUGCAUGAUGAUAUAUAUUCAAAUGUAUAUGUACUAUGUACAUAAUGUAUAUAUAGCUUACAGAAAUAAAUUUUAAACCAAAAAGUAA